GAGGAGGAGGAACAGCGACAUCUUCUCUUUCUCUUUCUCUUUGGGGCGUGUGGGUGUUUUCUUCAGAGAGAGAGAGAGAGAGAGAGGUGAGGCGAAGCAAGCCUGCAUAUCUAUCCUCUCUGAUUAUUUUAUUUGUUGCUUCUCCCAACUCUCUUUUCCAGAAGGCGAUUGCAAAACAACACUCAGUACCGCAAAGAGCAACAAGGGGAGAGCAGAAAAGGAGAGAAAGAGAAGGACAGACAGAGAGAGGCGACACAGACAGAGGUACCAGAGAGAGAGAGAGAGAGAGAAGAAUUGGAGAAGCUUUCAAUCCGGCAGAAGAAGAAAACGAUGUCUGAGAGCUUUACAACCUCUCACACGCUGCAACGCUGAGACAGUGAGAGAGAGCUAUCAGAGAAGGAAGCAGUACUGCUGGCACCUUAAGGCCAGAAGAAGAAACGGAAGGCGUUGAUGACGACGGCGAAGGCGAUGAUGAUCAUGACGAAGAAGAACAUACUGAUAUGGGAUUAGCAGCACCGCAACUUCAUCCUAAACCCAUCUUCUCCCACUCAAAGAUUAUUCAAAACCGCCCAGUUCACCAUCAAAUCUCGAAAAAGCCCGACUGUAUUGCAAUUGAUUCUGCUACAAUUUAUUCAUCUAUGUCGACGUCCCAAGACUACCACCAUCAAGGCAUCUUCACUACUUUCUCAAAUGGGUUCGACAGAUCUGCCAUGGCCGCACAUCAAGAACAGCAGCAGCAGCAGCAACACCACGUUGCCCAGCAGAUCCGGCGGGAUAAACUAAGAGUGCAAGCAAGUGGCUUCGAACCGCCGCCGCCGCUUGUGGCUUUGGAAGAAGAGGAGACUGGGGGGCUUCCCGCUGUGUACGAGACCGGCGGAAUGCUUUCCGAGAUGUUCAAUUUUCCUCCUGGUGCAUCCCCGGUACUGCCACCGGCGGCCAACGACUGGUACGGAAACCGGCAAGGGAUGGUGGGUGGGUUCGGAGAGCCAAAGACCCAGAACGACGUCGUCAGUAGCCGUGACAACAGUAAUAUUGCCGCCGCCGCCGCCGCCGCCCAUCAUCAUCAUCAUCAUCAUCACAGCCAGAUUUCAAGCAUUAAUGCUGCGGACUCGGCUGCUGCCAUGCAGCUUUUUCUCAUGAACCCGCAACCGAGAUCACCCUCUCCUCCUCCACCGCAACCUCCUCCGCCGGCGGCGGCGGCGGCCACUUCAUCGACGCUUCACAUGCUGCUUCCGAACCAAGUAGGGGCAUUUGGGAGUGGCCAAUUCACAUGGGUUCCUGAUCACAGCAGUGGCCACGAAGGAGGUAAUACGGCAGGUGAAAUUGGAGGGGUUGUGGAAGGGCAAGGUCUCUCCUUGUCUCUAUCUUCUUCGUUGCAGCACCUGGAAGCCGCCAAAGCUCACGAGGAAUUGAGAACAAUAGGCGAUCACAGUGGGUUGUUGUUCUACAAUCAUAGUAGUACUACUACUAAUAGUAAUAAUCAAGGAGGAGCUUCUAAUUAUAAUAAGAGUUUGGAUAGUAGCCAUGGUAUUCAUCAACCGCAGUCAUUGCAUCACCAAGGGGUUCAUCAUCUGAAUAAUUCGUUUGGGUCAUCCUCGUCGAUUGGGGUGGUGAAUGUUUUGAGGAAUUCCAAGUAUGUGAAGCCGGCGCAGGAAUUGCUGGAAGAGUUUUGCAGUGUUGGGAGGGGUCAGUUCAAGAAGAACAAGUAUUUUGGGAGAUCGCACAGCGUUAACAAUCCAAGCCUUACUACUCCCAAUCCCGCAGGAGGUCAUGGUGUUGGUAAUUCGUCUUCUUCCGCUUCCUCCAAGGAUCCUCCUCCUUUGUCUGCCACUGAUAGGAUUGAACAUCAGCGAAGGAAGGUCAAACUGUUAUCCAUGCUUGAUGAGGUGGAUAGAAGAUACAACCACUACUGUGAGCAAAUGCAGAUGGUGGUGAACUCAUUUGAUGUGGUGAUGGGGUAUGGGGCGGCGGUGCCUUACACGGCGCUGGCGCAGAAGGCGAUGUCAAGGCACUUCCGGUGUCUUAAGGACGCGAUAGGAGCGCAACUGAAGCACAGCUGCGAGAUGCUGGGGGACAAGGAGGGUGGGGGCAGCGGCGGAGGGCUCACCAAAGGGGAAACGCCGAGGCUGAGGAUGCUGGAGCAAAGCCUCAGGCAGCAACGAGCAUUCCACCAGAUGGGCAUGAUGGAACAAGAAGCCUGGAGACCCCAACGGGGCUUGCCUGAACGCUCUGUCAACAUUUUGAGAGCCUGGCUUUUUGAACAUUUCCUUCAUCCGUACCCAAGCGAUGCAGAUAAGCAUCUGUUGGCUCGACAGACUGGUUUAUCAAGAAAUCAGGUUUCAAACUGGUUCAUUAAUGCCAGGGUCCGGCUGUGGAAACCCAUGGUGGAAGAAAUGUACCAGCAAGAGGCCAAAGAAGAAGAGGUAACGGAGGAGAGGGAGGGGACCCAAAACGCACAAACUCCAACGCGAAACGCACCAGCGUCAACCCCGACCACCACCACCACCGCGACAACCACAGGCAAAAGAUCCGAAAUCAAUGCGCCCGAAAGCGACCCAACGCUCAUCGCAAUCAAUAGACAUGUACAGUGCUUCUCGGAAAACCAAGCCAGGCACCAAGCCGCUGCCAAUAUCGCUAUGGCCAGCCCCAUUCUGCCCACCGCCCCUCCACUCCCCCUCUCGGCGGCAGCCGCCAACUCCGCCUCCGCCGCCGCCGCGCUCCACGAGGCAUCGCCUCCCGGAUCCCAAUGCUUUCCGGGCAUCACUCACGACUCAGACCUGCACAACCAGCACCACAGAAUGGGCGUGGACGACACGUGUCGACGUGGCAGCAUGCUUGCUCCCGCUGCUAACUACGGGACCACUGCUGCUGUCUCUGGCGGUGCUGACGUGGGGCCAACGCUCAUCAGGUUUGGGACCACUGCAGGUGACGUGUCGCUCACCCUAGGGCUACGUCAUGCCGGAAACAUCCCGGAGAACAGUCCUUUCUCGGUCAGGGACUUUGGAGGCUGUUAAUUAAUUUAAGUGAGUACCUGCCCAUAGACGUCCGAAAAAGAUUAUUUAAAAAAAUCUUUAAAAAAUUCCGUGACCCUUUUUGAUUCCAUUCUAUUAAGGAAAUACAAACCCUAGAAACGUAGCAUUACGUACGUUAGCUAGAAGAAGUUUGAGGUUUAUUGUAAUUGUAUAGUAGGUUGUUUUGCACCAACAGCUAGCUAGCUUUUAUUUAUAUGUAUGUAUUUAAGGUUUUGUACUUUUUUUAAUUUAAAAUAACAUAUGGAUAACUUAUUGAGAGAAUGGGGGAGACGGAGAGAGUUAUAUGAAAUUAAUAUUAGUGGGUGAUUAAAGCAUGAUAUAUAAUUUCUUUUUUAUUUAUAUUGUUCUAUAAUAAAAAGUUUAGAAUGACUUUUUUUUUUCC